GGGGAACGAUGUGCAGCGCACGAUGGCAGCAUUCAAUGCCCACUCCCACCACUAUCGUAAUUAUUAAGCAAACAUGCGAGAUCAUGUGCUGUUACCCCCUGCACCACCCUUCCACUGUUCCACUAAUUAAUAUGUUCUUUCCUUAAAAAUAAAAACCACCGGUGGAUUUAUGGGACCGUUAUUGCCGCACCGGUUGACUGCCUCGGUAGUAAUUAAAGUCGGCAGACGAUCGUGCCGCAGUUGUGCAUCCCCGCCGACGGCGCACGUGCUUCUCCCUCUCACGUGAUCUCCAUGAUUAGCAGUUAACACACCUUAAUGAUCGUAACUAUACCAUAACACUUAAUUAAAAGUCUCUAAUGACGCAAAAGCAGUCCAACAACCGCACAGGCGGUCGAGGGGCCAUCAACCCGGUCGGCUAAUCGUUUGCUCGCAAACUGAGCCGGAAACAUUGCUGGGGCCCACACGGCAGCUAAAGAGAGGAUCGCCGUUCAUUUCCCAUUGAGAUUCCGUAUUUGAAGUGAUGGACGGCGAUCCGUUGGGAAAUCCUCGUACGAUUUUUUCUUGAAUUGGAGACGCGGCGAGAGGACAGAAAGUGCGACCUACGUGGCGCGAAGCCCUGCGAUUCGUGGAAAGUGUGGGUCCGAUUAGGGCUGGCGAAGAGGGUGGAUUGGUGUGCAUAAAUUAGAAUGCGAAGGCGGGAGAAGGAUCGGAGUCUUUGUCUGAAGACGGAUUUGGGUCCCCUUAACUUUACAGAACUUGUCGUCCCCUGAAGCGGGCAAGGUCCCGAGGUGUUCGACGUUUUGCCGAGGAUAGCAAACGAUGGUGGCCGGGAUUGCCAAGGCCCGGGAUGUGGAGGUAGAGUGGCCGUGUUGCCUCGAUGAAUACGAGAAGCUUGUUCUGCUCAUGAACACUCCGAGGGUGGUUGUAGAUAACAGCGUCUUCCCCACGGCGACGCUGGUUACGGUGGACAGCGCUAAGAAGCAUAGAUACCUGCUGGAGGCUGUGCAGGUGCUUAGCGACCUGAAUCUUUCAAUCAAGAAGGCAUACUUUUCCUCUGAUGGAGGAUGGCUCAUGGACGUCUUUCAUGUCACCGAUCAGUUAGGCUGCAAGCUUACUGACGAGAGUGUUAUCUCGUUUAUCGAAGAGACUCUUGAAGCCCGAAAACCGAACAAAUUCGAUGGGCGAGGAAAUCUCACCGUUUUGGAACUCUCCGGUGCCGAUCGCCCGGGACUGCUCUCGGAGAUCUUCGCAGUGCUUGCCGAUCUCCAAUGCGGGGUUUCAGAUGCGCGUGUUUGGACCCACAAUGGCAGGAUGGCCGCUGUUCUCUUCGUCUCCGACGAGCACUCCGGCGAGCCAAUCGAAGGUGAGUCGUACAGAGUGUCCUGCAUCCAGACCCGCCUCCGCAACAUCCUCCAGGGCCGGACCAACAUCACCUCCAUGGCUCUCGUUAAUGCUGAAAGGAGGCUCCAUCAAAUGAUGUUGGCCGAUCGAGAUUUUGAGACGCCGACCUCCCCGCCUGCAGUUUCAAUUCAAAGCUUGGUUGAGAGAGGCUACUCCGUUGUCACCGUCCACUGUUCCGACCGCCCUAAACUCCUCUUCGACAUUGUCUGCACGCUUACCGAUAUGGAGUACAUCGUUUACCACGGCACUGUUCGCACCGACGCCGAUCAAGCUUAUCAAGAAUUCUACAUCAAGCAUUCAGAUGGGAGGCCCAUUAGCUCGGAAGCAGAGAGGCAGAGAGUGAUGCAGUGCUUACAAGCGGCCAUAGAUCGACGAGGCCAGGGUUUGCGGCUCGAGAUCUGCACAAUGGAAAGGCAAGGGGUUCUCUCGGAGGUCACGAGGGUUUUCAGGGAGAACGGAUUGUUGGUGAAGAGGGCUGAGAUUUCUUCUACCAAAGGGCAAGCGGUAUCGAACGUCUUCUACGUCACUGAUGCCGUCGGCCGCAUUCCAAGCUCGGAGAUGGUGGAUGUCGUACGGCGAAAUAUCAGUACAGGCUGCCUUACAGUGAAGGAGCCGGUGUCUUGCGAGGAAGCUGUGGAGGAGGCUGGGAGCAGAACAAAUAACGGGCUUGGGUUGGCCUCAUUGGGAUGCUUGGUGCUCAGGAAUCUAUCCAAUUUGGGAUUAGUUAGGUCUUCUUCUUGGGCUGGCGUGCUGUGUUCUGAUGAAUAGAGAUUAAUGAAUCGAUAGGAUGGUAAUUACUUUGUCGUUCUGGUGUUCUGAUGAUUAUGAAGAGAGAAGAUUGGAGUUAAGGAACAGAGUGAAAUGGGACCAUUCGGGGUAAGGUGUCAUUCGCGGGCAGGCGUGUAUAUUUUUGGUCGUUGAAACGGAAGACACCAGCUGUGGUCUUUAUUCAUGGUUGUUGGGGGGUAUGUUGACCCGACUUAUGGAAUUUGAUUUUGACUAUUUUGCAAAUAAUUAAUAUUAAAUUAAGGGGCAU